GUAUUCCGGCACAAUAGUUGAGGUGUUUUCCACCUGCAGCUAACGUGUAUAAUGAUGGUGAAUGAACGAUUCCCUUCACAUUGUGUCUGUACAAGUUGAUGACACAAAAGUUCACUGAAUUCAUCGAUGAGAUGCCAACAUCGGCCAUGUCAGGAAGUUGUGUGGUUGCUUGUUUUACAACGGAAGUGUGUGCUCCAAACAGGCACUUCGGGUUACAUACCUACAAAUAACCUGCAAGCUGUACACCUUCAAUGCCACAUCGAGUGCUAUGGUUCUGGUGAAAUGCUGCCCCUCGGAUAAGCGGAUUAAGUUGACUGCCUAGACAGUACAGUCGUGGCACGUGCAGCUGUGAGGUUUGCGCACAGCGGUGCAAUCGGUAAUGAUACCGUCAGUCCUCUAUUCAUGAACACAACUUUGUAGUGUGGGUCCAUGAACCCCAGUGACCGCAGUAACCAGCUUGCAUUCCGGUCUGUGGAUUAAGCGGCGAGAUAUCCAGUCUAUUCUAACAGUCGGAGCUAUUUUGUCAUUGACAAAAAGGAUGCGAUUCAUCAAAGGGAGGAGGACGAUGUGACCGGAAUAUGGUGUCAACCAGCUUCAUUUAGGUAGUCAUUGAUCAAAACCGUUUCCAGGGAGUAGUAGUGAGAUUUAUUUUGUUUUUGAGAAGAUUCGUAGGAGUGAUGAAAUUAAAGCGGAAACCUCAGAAGUACAAAUCCAGACGACUUGAAGAAUGGAGUACCUACUUGAACUUCGGUUAUGAUCGCGUUUGGUUGGAGACGUCGAUAUGGCGACGAACCGACCUCGAUGGCGCUUGUGUUGUGAGCUUCUCUGUCUCGCUCUCGUUCUCUCUCAAUCUUUGUGUAUCUCCUAAACCGUAAUCUCGCACCGUUGCACAAUACAAAUAAAGCAGAAUAUUCGCCUGCCUUUCUAUUUCACGCAAUUAUCUUGCUGCUUUGCAUUGAGGUAGGUUAAUGGUGUUUGCUACCUCCAAUCGUCACAGACGCGCUGAUGCAAUAUUUGGAAAGCCACAAUUUAAUAGCCCCAGAGCAACAUGGCUUUCGUCAAAAGCAUUCGUGUAAUACUAACCUAUUAAUUGCACGUAAUAGCUGGACUGAAGCUGUUGAUGAUGGAGUUGGAGUCGAUGUCAUCUACCUGGACUUUUCAAAAGCGUUUGAUAGUUUAGACCAUGGAGUUCUCCUUCAGAAGCUUCGGAACUACGGCAUUGGCGACCCAAUCCUGAGUUGGAUUAGCAAUUUUCUACAAGAACGACUGCUAGUGGUGAGAGUCCGAGAAUCAUUUUCUCAUGCAAUCGACGUGACGUGUGGAGUACCGCAAGGCUCGGUUCUUGGACCUCGUCUAUUCUUGGUGUUCAUUAACGAUUUGGCGAGAUCAAUUACUUCCGAUUUCUUAUUUUUCGCUGAUGAUAUCAAGAGAUGGCGAAGGAUCAGAGGACUGGAUGACCAUGAACGGCUCCAGCACGAUCUUAAUGCAGUGUCGAACUGGUCAGUUCAAAAUGCUCUACCGUUCAACGUAGACAAAUGUCGCGUAGUACAAUUACGCCAUAGACAUAACUACACCUACAUACUUGGGACAAACGAAUUGCAGAAUAGCUCCCAGGAACGUGAUCUUGGUGUGAUCGUACAGAGCGACCUCAACUGUUCAAAACAGGCUGAGGUAGCUGCGAGAAGAGGCAACCAGCAUGUCGGUAUGCUGCGAAGGGUAUUCGGGCGAUUUGACCCUUCAAUCUUCCCAAUGAUGCUCAAUUCCUCCGUGCGCCCGCAUGUUGAGUACGCAAUCCAGGCUUGGCAACCUUGGUUGAAACGCGACCUAGAAGCGAUAGAGUCACCACAACGGAGAGCAACAAAGCGCGUGAAGGGCCUGCGGUAUCACUCUUACCACCGAAGGCUGAAGUUGCUGGGAAUUUUCAGCGGACGUUAUCGAAGGAUGCGCGGCGAUCUCAUAUUAGCGUAUCAGAUAUUGAGUGACCCCAACCACGUAUGCCGCCAUUUGCUGAAACUUAGCCACAACACGCAGCUCAGGGGUAACUGCUUAAAGUUGAAGGAACAAUACAGCCGUCUAGAGUGUCGACGGAAUUACUUUUCCCUUCGGGUUUGCAAACCAUGGAACGCACUCCCAGACUCAGUAGUAUCCUCUCCUACCCUGGAUGUUUUCAAAAAACGAUUAGAUGUUGCUCUCAGCUCCCAACAUUUUGUUACCUAAGCUCCUCUGUUGUGGAUUACGCCAAGCAUGUUUUCAACAAGACUAAUGUAUCAAGUGGACCUAAGUGAGCGACCAUAUUUUAUUUUCUCACUCCUUACCUCAACUAUCACUGCGCCCCAGUGUCUUUCUGAAUGUUUACGCGCGAUAUUUCUUUUUCAUUUUACACUGAUGUUAAUUAUCAAAGUAUUCAUCUCGGCAGACGUUCGAUAGAUGACCCAGACAUAUUUUAAUUGCAUCAUAUUCACCGCUACCAUCCUACGGGACGUGUCAAGCACUUGCUUUUAUCCCGUGAUAAAUCAUUGUUCAUUGUUCAUCUAACAAGCAGGAUGAACGAAUACUGAGGGUUCCGUCCCCAUACUUUUGUCACCAUUAGCCCCGCCAUUAGUCCCAUGUUUCGAUUCAUGCCCAUACAGCCAUGGUCCCGCAAUUGACUGUCCAUUCACGCCUCAUCGGUUUCUAGCUUGCUUGGGUAUGCGGCACGCUCUGGUGUCGAAGAGAAUGUUCCUUAUUACUAAAGAAGUGCAACUACAGCUAGGCAGUGUAAAGCGAAAUUUUUCGAAACGUUACAACCAUUACAUCACUUGUAGAGAAUAGUGAAAGAUGUGAUUUGAGCUAUAUCACCGAUAAAGAUUCUUACAGGCAUAUUCAGUGGGACGGUCUCUGGUGGCCAACAUGCGUAUGCGUAGGGUCGCGGGUUCGAGUCCCACAAGGGACAGAUGU